AUGCGUGGAACGGCAUGGAUGUUGCGCGGACCUUUUGUUGCCACCCCGAAACGUUUCGGUGGUGGGGGUUACAAGUUCUUUGAGGAUAUGUACCCUAAGCAUGCGCCAGGUCCGCGAUUUGCUUAUUACGAGGAUCAAGAGAAGAGUUGCGUGGUGAGUAGUUUGGAACCCAAAAAGCAGCUCACGGAGUCCGAGAAACUCCAUCAUCUUAAUAACUGGAAGAAGACGAAUGAAGGAUUAGAGCUUCCGCCGGAGUACGGCUGGCAUGAGGACUGGGGGCCGGAGCCUGGGGAAGAAGGCCAUAACAGUUACUACAAAAAGAAUCGAAUGUACAUGUCGUACGAGGAAAAAUCUAAGUAUGAUCUACGCCUUGGCGUACCACUCGAGAAGAACGCUAUGCGGCAGCAAGAAUUGCCCUACCAAAAACGAUUGAAGGGAGCUUACCGCAAUCUCGAGGAGCGUGGUGGAAAGCAGUAUGUGAGCAUGCGGCAGCGCAACUAUUGGGCAAAAUAUAGCUAUGAAGAUCAGCGCGAUACGAUCGCCAAGGCUAAGGAUGACUUCUUCAAAGAGUGGCUUGACAAACCCGACGUUACGCCGCAGAAUGUGUGCAAAAAAAUUAGCGAGUACAACGGUACGAACAAAAAUCAGAACAUCAAGUCCGUGCAGCGCCGCCCCGAAUGGGAGUUGGCGCCAAUUGUCGAUGAGGAUGACUAA